GAAAGACCAUCAUUUGAACCUACAAAUAUCAAAGCUCCCUUUUUGGAACAAUUCACACCCGAUUGGAAUACACGUUGGUCACCUUCAGGUGCAACAAAGAAACAAUCAGGCGGUGAAGUGUUCUCUUAUGUUGGUCAAUGGUCAGUUGAAGAACCUACCGUCUUCCCCGGUCUAAAGGAUGACCUUGGUUUGGUUGCUAAAUCAAAAGCAGCUCAACAUGCAAUCUCUGCCCCAUUCAAAGAGGUUGUCGACCCAAAGAAAGCCGCAAAAGAAGGCAAACCAUUGGUGGUGCAAUACGAAACAAAAUUGCAAAACGGCUUGGUUUGUGGUGGUGCAUACUUGAAAUUGUUGACCGAAUCGCCCGAAGGAAUUCAAGCAAAGGAAUUCUCCGAUCAAACACCAUACACAAUCAUGUUUGGACCGGACAAGUGUGGACAAACAAACAAAGUUCAUUUCAUCUUCCGUCACAAGAACCCAAAGACGGGUGAAAUCGAGGAGAAGCAUCUAAAUAACGCACCUUAUGCUAAAUUGUCCAAAGUUUCCGCUUUAUACACACUCAUCGUUCAUCCUGACAACACUUUCCAAGUCUUGAUCAACAAUGAUCAAAGGAGAAACGGAACAUUGUUUGAUGACUUUGAACCUUCAGUCAACCCAGAUAAGGAGAUCGAUGAUCCAAAAGAUAGCAAGCCUUCUACCUGGGUCGACACACCCCGCAUUCCCGACCCUAAAGCAGAGAAGCCUGCCGAAUGGGAUGAAGAUGCAGCUCCUGAAAUUCCUGACCCUGAUGCCGAGAAGCCCGAAGGCUGGUUGGAUGACGAACUUUUGACAAUCCCUGAUCCUGAUGCUAUCAAGCCAGAAGAAUGGGAUGACGAAGAAGAUGGUGAAUGGGUCGCACCAACUGUGCCUAACCCAAAGUGUGCCGAUGCUCCAGGAUGCGGUGAAUGGGUCCGCCCUACGAUCCCUAACCCUGCAUUCAAGGGUAAAUGGACUGCACCUUUGAUCGAUAACCCAGAAUACAAGGGAGAAUGGAAACCAAAGAAGAUUGCCAACCCCAACUACUUUGAAGACAAGAACCCUAACUUCUUCUCUCCCAUUAAAGGUAUUGGAUUUGAAAUUUGGACCAUGGACGAAGACAUUUUGUUCGACAACAUCUAUGUUGGUCACAGUAUCGAAGAUGCCCGUGAACUUGCCCGACAAACCUUUGAUGUCAAACUCCCAAUCGAACAAAACAUCGAAAAGGAAGAUUUGGAAAAGAAGAAGGAAGAGGAAGAAAAACAAGUUAAAGAUGAACCUCUUGGAUUCGCAAGAAUGCAAAACACUUUGUUGGACUUUUACAGCGAUCUCAAAGUUGACCCAAUCGCUGCUAUCAAGGCACAACCUAAUGUUGCUGGUUUGUUGGCUGCUAUUAUUGCUGCUGUGUUGGGU